AUGAGUUCAAAAGAAGAUUUGCUUGAUGUUUUGGAUGAGCAAAAAAAAACAAUUGAAAAAUAUAGCAAUAAAUUAAGAGAUGUUGUAGCAGCACAUAAAAGUUUAUUAAUUGAAAAAAAAGCUCUUGAAGACACUAUCAGUAUAUUAAGUGCUUCUAAACAAAAAGAAUCCAAAACUGAAUUAAUAGAGUUUGAUGAAGAAUCUAAAGAAAAUGAGACUGCCUCUGACAAAAAUGAAGAAGAAAAAAAAAAUCAAUUGAGUUCGCUAUUAAGUUCAAUCUCGAAAUUGGUUGCUGAAAAAUCUCAUAUGGAAGAAAGUUUUAAAACGAAUCAAAAACAAAUUUUAGAGGAUAAAAAAGCUAUUGAAGAUAAGUGCAAAAGACUUGAAGAAAAAGUAAAAAUAUUGACAAAGCAAAUUAAAAAUGAAGAAAGCAAAACCCCUGGUGAUUUCUUUUUUUUAAAAAAAGAUUCCAAAAAGAAUGCUAAAGGAGAUAGUUUACAAAACAAAAAGCCAUUUUCAAAAACUGAUGUUUUAUACAAUUCCAACAUUGAUGACUUAAUGUUGCAAAUAAAAAAUUAUGAAAAAGAAAUAAAAAAUUUAAAAAGUGAGUUGGAAGCUAAAAGAAUUGUUCAGGAAUUAUCAGAAAAAAAGGUGAAGGACUGUACUAUUGAUUUAAAUAAAUUACAAGAAGAAGUUAGAAAUUUACAAAUUGAGCAUCAAGUUGCUCUUAAGGUUGAAAAAGAAAAAUCAAAAAAUAUCGAAGACCAUGCCAAAAAAACAUCUGCUGCUCAAGAAGAAAGGGUAGUUAAUUUAGAAACAAGAUUAGCUGAACUAUCUGAAACAAUUGGAUCCUAUGAUAGACUAAGAUUGCAAGACCAAGCUGAAAUUCACAAGUUAAAAGAACACAUAACACAAAUGGAUUUAACUUGCAAAGGAAAUUCAUUUCAAAGUCGAAAAGAACUACCUAAUUCUGAUGACUUUGAUGAUAUCGUAGAAAAUAUAAUAAAUCUCAAAAAACAUUUGCAAAUUAAAUCAAUUCAAUUAGGAAGAGAAGAAGAUUUUCAAAAACUUUUUCCUGAUACUUAUGGUAAUGAAACUUCUCAUACUUCAUGCAAAGAAGAAUUAAACAAAAUAAAAGCUGAAUAUGAUUUAUUAAAAAACACAACACAACUAAACAAAGCCAAUUUACAUACUGAAAAAGAAGUUACAGUUUAUCAAAACCAAAUAAAAAAUCUUCAAGAAAAAGUUAAAAAUUUAAGUGAAAAAAAUGAAAUUAUGGAAAAUGAGUGGAAAUUGCAAGUUGAUCAGCUUAAAAAAACGAUGAAAAAUGAAAAAGAAAGAUUUAAAGACACAUUAUCAGCCUCCGAGUUAGAUUUUCGAGGAAGAGUAUGGUUACUAGAAGAACAACUUCAAAAGCAACGUGAAAGAUCUUUAGCUUUACUAGAAGAAAAGGAACAAGAAAUACAAUCUCUUCAAAACACAUUUCAGAUGUUAUUACCAGGCAAUUUGCAGAACUCUAAUAAUUCUUUCUCGGAAACCAAAAUUCUACCUAGUCAAAUAAUAGAUGGACCACACAUAGUUCAUUACACGAAUGAAUUAGCUAGGAAAGACAUUGAAAUAACUAAUUUGAGAAAAAGUAAAAAUCAAAUGGAAAUUCAAAAUAGAGAUUUGCAAAAAGAGAUAAUUUCAAUAAGUGAAAAACACAAAGAAGAAUUACAAAUACUAAAUGCUGAGAUAUCAAGGUUAAAAAGAUACCAAAGCAGAGAAGGUGCCAAUUUGGAAUAUUUAAAAAAUGUCGUCUAUAGUUUUUUACUGUCUAGUGAUCCAAAAUCAAAGAGACACAUGUGUAAUGCAAUCGCUGCAGUAUUAAAAUUUAGUGAUUCAGAAUUACAAAAAGUUAUUGAUCACAGCAAAAAUAAAUGGUGGACUAAAUCAAAUUAUGCCUUACAAUAA